UAACAGAUUACAAACAGAAGAUAACACAGGAACUUGUAUCCUGGUAUCAGGCUCACACCGUCUGCCUAGGCCAAAAUGGUGCGUAUGGAACAGAUUAUGACCAGAGAAUUGCAACACCACCCACCCCCCAGCCCAACCACACGGGCGCAGAACCUGUCUGAACCCUGCUCUACAAUGCAAAUAAAUGUAGGGUGUCAGCAAGUUUCAAAAUUAAAUUAUCACAGCUCAGAAAGACGUAAACAGCCUAUGGUAUUUGUACACAACACAAAAACAAGAUGGAAUGACGUGUGUCCAUUGAGGAAUAAAAGGUCAGGAGUUUCGCUUACACUCUGUUAAAGGCAUAACGGUUUUGUACUUCGCCUUUCGUUUUCUCGUCUCCUGCUCUUGUUCGUAGGCCACGGAGGGUUCAACUAGACGUCGGUCAAGGUGUCACAACCAACAGUGAGAGCAGCACUAGAUUCACGUCAAGCUGAGGCGAGUUAUCGGUUCACCAGAAAGGAGGAUGGAGGCGAGGAUUAAAAACUAUUCAGUCUCCGUGGUGUGGCUCUGUUUCCUUGCCUUACACUUGGCAGUCUCAGAGUCUCAGGCUUCCGAUGAAUGUCCCACUGGAUGGCGAUACUUUUCAAAAAGAGCAAGCUGCUUCAAGCUGUUUUCUGAAGAACGUGUAUCCUGGUCUCAGGCUAACCGUAACUGUCAAGAGCAAACAGGAGGACCCAACAACAGCACGAUGGGCGUGCUUGCUCGAGUAUUUGACAAGGAAACCGAUGAAUACCUGCAAAAUUUACUGUCAGAAUUUUCCGAAUCGGAAGCUUGGAUUGGUCUUAACGACAUAGACUUAGACAAUACCUCGUUGCCAUAUCGCUGGGACUUUUAUGAUCUUAUGGAAGGAGACUACACCGGGUGGAAAGCCGGGGCCAGCUACAACAGCGACGGGAUAUCCUCUGGGGUCAUCACAACUCCCCAGGGAUGGGAAGAAAAAGACUACCAGCUAAGCAGCGCCUACAUUUGUCAGAUCGACCUGGGACUCCCUGAUGUGCACUUAAGCUGUCCUCCAAUGGAAGAAGGAGAGAAAUCUCAAAAUUCAGUGUGUUCUUUCAAGAAAACUCGGUGGAUAGGUUCGGUGCAGUGGCAGCUUCCUAACGGUGGUGUCGCCGAUUGCUAUAGUUCCGGCGUCUGUUUGAAUAGAGGUGAUCCUAAUUUCCAAGCUAUAAAUAGUUCUACAGAAGAAGUCAGGUCAACGUUCGGCAUCAAUACUGUCGUGUUUGGAAAGCACAGCACACUCAUGUGCACGCCUGAAUUCAUCACCGGAAGAAAAAUAGCCAGUUGUGAUUUACCUGUUUACGUCAAGCCAUCAGCGCCUCGUUGUGAGUUCAGUUACACAGCGAAAGGUCAGGCCCACUUCGUCUGUGUUAUCGACAAAGUAUACCCUGGGGUAGCAUGUGAGUGGUCAGGACAUCUCGGAAUCGCCACCAAGGUGACGACUCUUGCUUCGGGUCACAAAAAGGUCAGGUGUGAGCUGGUUGAAGACCUCAGAGGAGAACUAGACAACUAUCUCAUUAAGGUAUACCCUCAGCUCAAUGAUGGAACCCGUAUUGAAGAGGCCUCGAACGAAGUCACGUUUGAAAUGCCAGACGGCCUUGUUGAACCUGAAAUCUUCGACGGUAAGGGCAACGAACUCACUGUGAUAGACUUUGACACUGACCGGAACGAAGUCGUUCACAAAGUAUCUCCUGUUAAAUUAAUCACUCAGGAGAGAUUCACGGUGAAAUGUGUGAAGCCACCUGGUAGCCUGCGUACAAUUUCCACCUCAGUCCACUGUGACGACUCCAUUCGUGACGUCGACACCGGACUCUCGUCCAAGACGGCACCUGGGAGGAAAGUACAGCUGACCUUUAAAGCUUCUGAGUCUAUGGAUGGAAAAUCCUGCAAGUGCAUUUCCCUUUUAUCUGGCAAUGAAUCUUCCAGAGACACAUCGGUGAGUUUUUCUGUUGAGGGUAUGUUUUGCGACUUUGAGUCGAACAAGUGUGGCAUAGAGUGCACCCUCUGUGACGGAACGUCCUGGAUUCGGGCCUCUGCAAGUGCGGACCUCUACGACAAACUCCCAAAACAGGAUUAUGGGUCUGAUUCAAGCUCGGGUUAUUUCCUCUACGCGGGCAAGUUCGGUCGCAACACUGGUCCCGCCAUUCUGAAGACCAGGUCAGUGGACACCAAAGACGGAGGGGCGUGUUUGUCCUUCGUUUACUUCUCCGGUGCAGGGACGGUAGCUGGGGGCGCUACUUUGACUGUGUUCACCCGGACUCACAACGACAGCAAAGGCAUUCCCGUCAACAUCUUUGGAGCACAGGUUUCACAGGGACAAACAGGCUGGAGAGAGGUGACUGUUGAAAUUCCCGGCGAUCAGGGUCUUAUCGAUGUCUUCUUCCAGGCGGACCAGCCAGACAGGACAAGCGAUCCAGUGGUCAUUGAUGACAUUUACCUUCGCCCUGGACCAUGUUCAAAACCUUAGAGAAAACUGCCAUUGCCAUAACCCCACAGCAAGAGUAGCAAUACUGUCAGGAGUUGCAACACAAGAACCAGAAACAAAUGCAGUAUGACGGGUGGCACCAGCCAAUAGCAAUUCGUUUUAAGGUUUUGAGUUAUUUGUUUCUCACCAGAACUGUAUUUAAAUAUAUAACUACAAAGCCUUACGUGUGCUAGGAGACACCACUGGUAGACUAUGAAUAAAGAAUAAAGAAUUGCUAGAGCUCAAUCAA